AUGUCGCGCGGGAAAGAGCGGGAAAGCUCCCUCCAUUCGACAUCCAGUGUUGGAGCGAUGAAGGUCUCCGGCGGUUUCGCUGCCUUCGUCUUCCUGCUCUGCCUUCGCGGAAGUCUUCUGCAGACUUGUCCCUCGGCUCCCUCAUACAUCACGCUGCCAGGUAAUCCCCCCUGCGGCCAGUCGAAUCUGGGACGAGAGGGCGCAUUGCACAUCUCGGCGAGACAGCACGACCCUGCGAGUCUGACCUGGUACGACCGCCUGUGGAACGGGUUCCUGGGAGUCAUCACGAGACCCUUCAGGCAGGAGAGUCCCCUCAUCGUGAAUGGAUCGCCGGCCACCAUCGAGGAGGCACCGUUCAUGGUGCAGAUGACAAAUUACUUCAAGAACCAGGCUGGAGGGUGCAGUGGCUCCAUCAUUGGGUCUCAGUGGAUCGUCACUGCAGGGCACUGCAUCGCUUUGAACGGGUGA